AUGGCGCCAGGAGGGGGGUGGCGAGUCGUCGUUUUGCUGCUUGUGUGCGCCGCGGUUAGUGUGAGAUCGGACGGGUCGGAUCACAAGUUCAAGGUUGGCGAUCCGGUUCCGCUUUAUGCGAACAAGGUUGGCCCGUUUCACAACCCUAGUGAAACAUACCGAUACUUUGAUCUGCCCUUUUGUUCUCCAGGUACUGUGAAGGACAAAAGUGAAGCUCUUGGUGAAGUGCUAAAUGGUGAUCGUUUGGUUAGUGCUCCGUACAAGCUCGACUUUUUAGUUGACAAAGAAUCUGAAGUCAUCUGUAAAAAGAAGUUAUCACAGAAAGAAGUUGCUGAGUUUCGAAGAGCUGUUGCAAAGGACUAUUAUUUUCAAAUGUAUUAUGAUGACUUGCCGAUAUGGGGUUUCCUGGGAAAGGUUGACAAGGAAGGAAAAGCAGAUCCUAGCGAGUACAAAUAUUAUCUAUUUCAGCAUCUCCAUUUCGAAAUAUUUUAUAACAAGGAUCGGGUGAUUGAGAUCAAUGCACGUACAGAUCCUAGUGCCCUUGUGGACCUUACUGAUGACAAGGAAGUUGACGUGGACUUUAUGUACUCAGCUAAAUGGAAGGAAACUAGUGUACCUUUUGAAAAGAGGAUGGAUAAGUACUCACAUUCGUCUUCACUUCCUCGGCACUUAGAGAUCCAUUGGUUUUCAAUAAUCAAUUCAUGUGUUACUGUUCUUCUUCUUACUGGUUUUCUUGCUACGAUUUUGAUGAGAGUGCUUAAAAAUGAUUUUGUCAAGUAUGCCCAUGAUGAGGAGACAGCAGAUGACCAAGAAGAAACUGGGUGGAAGUACAUUCAUGGUGAUGUUUUCAGGUUCCCAAAAUACAAGUCUGUAUUUGCAGCUGCCCUUGGUAGUGGAACGCAACUCUUUACCCUGGCAACUUUUAUAUUCUUACUCGCUCUUGUUGGUGUAUUUUAUCCCUACAACCGAGGAGCUCUUUUUACGGCACUGGUCGUGAUUUAUGCGCUUACAUCUGGCAUUGCAGGCUAUACAGCAGCCUCUUUUUAUUGCCAGUUAGAGGGAACCAAUUGGGUCCGGAAUUUAUUAUUGACUGGAGGCUUGUUCUGUGGGCCACUCUUUCUCACAUUUUGCUUCCUUAACACCGUCGCCAUUGCUUACCAUGCUACUGCUGCUCUUCCCUUUGGUACUAUUGUGGUGAUUUUCUUGAUAUGGGCUCUUGUGACAUCACCUCUAUUAGUAUUGGGAGGAAUAGCAGGGAAAAAUAGUAAGGCCGAGUUUCAAGCUCCUUGUCGCACCACAAAAUAUCCGAGAGAGAUCCCACCACUGCCUUGGUAUCGUGGGACACUGCCUCAGAUGGCCAUGGCUGGAUUUUUGCCAUUCAGUGCAAUUUAUAUUGAGCUUUACUAUAUCUUUGCCAGUGUCUGGGGUCACAGGAUUUACACCAUUUACAGUAUUUUGUUCAUAGUCUUCAUUAUUCUCUUGAUUGUCACUGCAUUCAUCACUGUGGCUCUGACAUAUUUCCAACUUGCUGCUGAAGAUCAUGAAUGGUGGUGGAGAUCAUUCCUAUGUGGUGGAUCAACUGGCUUGUUUAUCUAUGGCUACUGCCUCUACUACUACUAUGCGCGGUCUGAUAUGUCGGGCUUCAUGCAAACGUCAUUUUUCUUUGGUGUGAAUGAGGAAUCAGAUUAUCUGUAUAAUCAUUAUAAGUUCGACAGUGAAAUUAUAUUGGGUGUGAAGUUUUUUGAUGAGUUGGGAAGAAAAGUAGAGGUCGAUGACAAUUAG